AUGACCGAAAAACAAGCUUUCGAGGUUACUGGUGUCGACCGACUCGGCAACACCAUCAUUCGCCGCCGGGUCGUCGAAGACAUCAACCGUGCCGAGUCCGAGAAUCCCAAUGGCACCGUGAACUCCUCGGCUUCCAACGGGCAGGCCUCGGCCGCCGUGGCCAUCAAGAAGGCAGCCUACAAGGGGAAGUAUCGCCAUGUGGCUGCUAUCCAUGAGGAGGCUAAGCCUUCUUGCCUGAGCCACGACGCUACCGAUACCCCCAGUUUCCUGGGCUUCCGCAACCUCAUGGUUAUCGUGCUAGUUGCGAGCAACCUGCGUCUCAUUAUUGAGAAUAUUCAGAAGUAUGGUGUCCUGAUUUGCGUUCGCUGCCACGACUUCCGUGCUUCGGAUGUGAAGCUUGGGCUUGGACUAUACUUCUUAAUCCCUCUGCACCUUCUCCUGGCCUAUUUUAUUGAGCUUGUCGCUGCCAGCCAUGCCCGCAGCACGCGGGCAAAGAUUGAAAAGGAGAAGCGCGACGGGUCUUCGAGCCCGACCGCCCUGCAGUCGAAGCGGUUCCAGAGGACGUGGACUGUCAUCUGGCUGCUUCACUCGCUGAACGCCACGGUCGCGCUGGUUUUUACGAGCUGGGUGGUUUAUAAUUACAUCCAUCACCCGCUCAUCGGGACCCUGACUGAGACGCACGCCAUCAUUACGUGGCUCAAGACGGCGUCCUAUGCCUUCACGAAUCGGGACCUCAGGCACGCCUAUCUCCAUCCGGCGAAAGGAGAGUUGGAUGCCCUGCCGGAGCUUUAUCGUCAAUGCCCAUACCCAAAGAAUGUGACCAUUAAAAACUUGGUCUACUUCUGGUGGGCGCCGACUCUGGUGUACCAGCCCGUGUAUCCGCGGAGCGAGAAGAUCCGUUGGGUUUUCUUGUUCAAGCGUCUCGGCGAGGUUGUCGUUCUGAGCGCUUUCAUCUGGUUCCUCAGUGCUCAGUAUGCCACUCCCGUGCUUGUCAAUUCGCUCGACAAGAUUGCAUCGCUGGACUACUUCUCCAUCCUCGAGCGCCUUCUGAAGUUAUCCACCAUUUCUUUGGUCAUCUGGUUGGCCGGUUUCUUCGCCUUGUUCCAGUCGGGGCUUAAUGCGCUCGCUGAGAUUACGAGGUUCGGAGACCGGUCGUUCUACGAGCCGUGGUGGAACAGCCCUGGCCUGGGCGUCUACUGGCGGACGUGGAAUAAGCCGGUGCAUCACUUCUUCUUGCGGCACGUCUACCAGCCGAUGCGCGGCCGUGGCUGGAGCCACAAGGCGGCGAGCUUGGUGGUCUUCUUUUUGUCUGCGUUAUUGCACGAGCUUCUCGUGGGUAUCCCGACCCAUAAUCUGAUCGGCAUCGCCUUCCUAGGCAUGUUUCUUCAAAUCCCGCUCGUACAGAUCACUGCCCCUCUCGAGCGUAUGAAGUCUCCAUCCGGCAAGCUGCUAGGCAACACCAUUUUCUGGGUGUCGUUUACCAUCCUGGGCCAGCCGCUGGCUGUGCUGCUCUACUUCUAUGCCUGGCAGGCGAAGUACGGCAGCGUGUCGCGGUCGAUGACGACGAUGCAGCGGCCUCCAGUUUGCCCACCGUGCCCUUCGUCCUGUACGUGA